UGCCUACCCUGUGAAGUUAAGUCAUGUCCUCCCUGUGAAGUCAAGUCCUGCCUACCCUGUGAAGUUAAGUCAUGCCUACCCUGUGAAGUCAAAUCCUGCCAACCUAAUGAAGUCAAGUCCUGUCUACCCUAUGAAGUCAUGUCCUGCCACCCUGUGAAGUCAAGUCAUGUCCUCCCUGUGAAGUUAAGUCAUGUCCUCCCUGUGAAGUCAAGUCCUGUCUACCCUGUGAAGUCAAGUCAUGUCCUCCCUGUGAAGUCAAGUCCUGCCUACCCUGUGAAGUCAAGUCCUGUCCUCCCUGUGAAGUUAAGUCCUGUCUACCCUGUGAAGUUAAGUCCUGUCCUCCCUGUGAAGUCAAGUCAUGUCCUCCCUGUGAAGUCAAGUCCUGCCUACCCUGUUAAGUCAAGUCCUGCCUACCCUGUGAAGUUAAGUCCUGUCCUCCCUGUGAAGUCAAGUUCUGCCUACCCU